AGAUUCUCAUUGGAGUCGCAGGACUAGAAAGCAUAUAUCUCAAGAUUGGUCUUUGUCCAGUCACCUCUCUUCCAACUAUUCUCACUGACAUCUCCUACACAUACUUCUCAUCUUCCCAACUCAUGCCUUCUCCCCCAAGAGGUUUCACUGCAUUUCCGAGUCAGGCGGAUCUAUUCUACCUUUGCACAACAUCCUCGACUUCUGAGGAGGACUUGAACAUUCACUACCUACCUCCAUCAAAAUCCUCGUUACGAAUUGGUGUUGUCAUAUGCGGCCAGGACCAAGUUCAACUUCUCGAUCUGGCGGUUCUUGAUCUCCUAACUAUGAUGGGAAGGAAUAGAGUCAACAAGAUGAAGGUCUCUGCUGGAGUAAUCGAAGAAGCCGUGGACGAAAUCGACGUUCGGUUUGUCAACGCAAGCGGGGAAGGAUCGUUUUCCACCACGUCUGGCGCUCGCAUACCAGUAACGAACUCCUUCGCUAACGCACCACUCUUCGAUAUCCUCAUGAUCCCCGGUUCCUUCUCUUCAAGCGAACUAUCUGUGCCCGCAACAUCAUUUCUCACCGCCCAGUACUCAAAUCCAUACCUCAUCGCCAUUAUGAGCGUGGCAUCAGGCAUCCUCCACCUAGUACAAACCGGUCUUCUACACAACACACGCGCAACGGCGCCACAUUGCCUGCUACCCGCACUCCGGCAACGUUACCCCGGGACAGCAUGGCAGAAAUCCCCCUGGGCCCGACAAGAGAAGAUCUGGAGUAGUAGUUCGGCGAUUUCAGCCCUGGACAUGAUGACGGCGUGGAUGCGGGAGUAUUUCUGGGAUCGAUGUGAGGCUGUGGAGUUUGCGUUGAAUGCUUCGGGCAUUGAUGCCCUGUCCGAAUGUAACUGUUGAUGGGGCUGGUCUUACGGCAUUGCAUUUCCCGGCGUUUUGGAACCUUUCUCGACUCUGUGCGUUGGUGCGUUUCUAUUCUGCGCUCGAAGCGUAUG